AUGGUGAAAAAUAUCGUAAUUGCCAUUGGAUCAUUGAUUAUUUUUGGUACUUCCCAGCCUUGCCAGACCCGUGAUGAAUUUGUGGCUGCCACUUCUCCAGGGCAUAUCAUGAUUGGAGGUUUGUUUGCCAUUCAUGAAAAAAUGCUGUCCUCAGAAGACUACCCCAGAUGGCCAGAAAUCCAGAAGUGUGUCAGCUCUGAAAUAUCAAAUUUUCUUCAAACUCUUGCCAUGAUACACAGCAUUGAGAUGAUCAAUAAUUCAACACUAUUAUCUGGAGUCAAACUAGGGUAUGAAAUCUAUGACACUUGCAUAGAUGUCACAGAGGCAAUGGCAGCUGCUCUGAGGUUUCUCUCUAAGUUCAACUGCUCCAGAGAAAUCGUGGAGUUUAAGUGUGACUAUUCCAGAUACAUGCCAAGGGUUAAGGCUGUCAUAGGUGCUGGCUACUCAGAAAUAACCAUGGCUGUCUCCCGGAUGUUGAAUUUACAGCUCAUGCCACAGGUGAGUUAUGAAUCAAAUGCAGAAACCUUAAGUGACAAAAUUCACUUUCCUUCAUUUUUACAGACUGUGCCCAGUGACUUCUACCAAACUAAAGCAAUGGCCCACCUGAUUCAGAAAUCUGGAUGGAACUGGAUGGGUAUCCUAACCACAGAUGAUGACUAUGGACGACUGGCUCUCAACACUUUUGCAAUUCAGACCUCAACAAAUAAUGUGUGCAUAGCCUUCAGAGAAGUUCUCCCAGCCUUCCUCUCAGAUAAUACCAUUGAAGUCAGGAUCAGUCAGACACUUGAGAGAAUCAUAGCAGGCCAGGUUAAUGUCACUGUGGUAUUUCUGAGUCAGUUCCAUGUUUUCAAUCUCUUCAGUAAAGCCAUUGAAAGGAAUAUAAAUAAGAUCUGGAUUGCUAGCGAUAACUGGUCAAUGGCCACCAAGAUCACCACCAUUCCUAAUGUUAAAAGGAUUGCCAAAGUUGUGGGGUUUACCUUUAGAAGAAGGAAUAUGUCCUCUUUCCAUUCCUUUCUUCAAAAUCUGCAUAUGUUUCCCAGUGAUAAUAACAAGCCCUUAAAUGAAUAUGCCAUGCUUAAGUCUGCCUGUGCAUACACUAAGGACAGUGAUCUGAGUCAAUGCAUUUCCAACUAUUCUCAGGGGACUUUGGCCUACAAGGCUAACGAGGAUAUAGAAAGGAACUUCUCGCUGAGAAAUGACUUCCUGUGGGAUUACACUGAGCCGGGACUUGUUCACAGUAUUCAGCUAGCAGUGUUUGCCCUUGGUUAUGCCAUUCGGGAUCUGUGCCAAGCUCGAGACAGUCAGAACCCCAACGCCUUUCAACCAUGGGAAUUACUUGAUGUACUGAAAAGUGUGACGUUCACAGAUGGAGGGAGUCCAUUUCAUUUUGAUGCCCAUGGAGAUAUGAAUACUGGAUAUGAUGUUGCGCUCUGGAAGAUCAACGGCCACAUGACUAUUGCCAAGAUGGCACAAUACGAGCUGAAGAAUGAUGUCUUCAUUGUCACAGACCAAGAAACAAAAAAUGAGUUCAGGAAUCUUAAGCAAAUUCAGCCUAAAUGCUCCAAGGAAUGCAGUCCUGGGCAAAUGAAGAAAACAACAAAAAGUCAACAUAUCUGCUGCUAUGAAUGUGUGAACUGUCCUGAAAAUCACUAUAGUAACCAGACAGGCAGCAAUGGAGCUGCCAUCUCAGACCAUGAGAUGGAAUCUGCAAGUUGA